AAUUUACGUGCGAUAUUUUUUUACAACUUCAAAAGAGGUUUAACUCGUCUUCAGUUCUUUGAAGAGUUGACUCCUGUUUUUAAUAAUGAAGCACCAUGCCUCCGCACUGUGGCAUGUUGGUAUUUAGAAUUUCAAAGUGGUUGCUCUAGUUUUAGUGUUAGGCAUCGUGAAGGUCGAUCAAAAACAGCCGUGACUCAGGAGAACAUUGAUGCUGUACGGCAACUGAUAGUUGAAGAUCGCCAUGCGACAUACCGUGAGAUAUAAGCUUCAUUGGGCAUUUCAGGGACCAGGGUUCAAAAUAUUUUGCACUUUAGACGUAAAAAAAAUGAUCUCACGCUGGAUACCACAUUUACUCAGCGAAGACCAAAAACGGCUCGCGUUAGAUGGUGUCGUAAAACUCUACGAAAAUUCAACCGACGAAUGACCGAAUUCAACGUUUACGACAUUAUCAGUGGUGACGAGUCUUGGAUAUAUGCCUACGAUCCGGAUUCUAAACAGCAAUCGAGUGUUUGGGUGGUCCAAGAAGAGCCAAAACCGACCAAAGUAAUACGCUCACGGAGCACUUCGAAAAAAAUGAUCGCCACGUUUGUAGCGAAAAGUGGCCACAUUGCCACCGCCGUGCUAGAAGAUCGUAAAACGGUCAAUGCUGACUGGCAUACCAAUGUUUGUUUACCAGAAGUUAUCAGCGAGUUCCGAAAAAACAACCUCAGACGUCGUAUAGUACUGCACCACGAUAAUGCGAGCUCGUCCACCGCUAGGCAGACAAUUGAGCUUUUAAAGAGCAAAACGUCGAACAUCUGGAACACCCGCCGUAGGUCCAGACUUAAGCCCCAAUGACUUCUUCACUUUUCCAAAAAUCAAGCAACGACUUCGUGGUCAACGGUACCGAACGCCUGAAGAAGCUGUUGAAGCAUACAAAACGGCCAUUUUGGAGACCCCAACUUCGGACUUUAAAAAAAGUGUUGAAACUGGUUCGAUCGAAUGAAAAAGUGUAUAACUACGUAUCACGGUGAUUACUUUGAAAAACAAUAAAUACCUACCAAUUAACAAUUAUAUUGUCCUUAGUUUUACCAAACGACAGAACUUAAAAGGCAGCCCUCGUAUAGACACACUGUCGCAUUUAUAAUAUCCAUAAAAUACCAAAGAUACCUAAAAGACUUCUUUACCUCAAAUGCGGCUUCAUGUGACCCUACAAUAGCGUCUCCUGAGUUACUGCUUUAGCUGCAGCUUAACACUACGUUAACGAGACCCAACGUCUUUCCACUAAAAGAUCUCGCUAGACAUGGUAGCGUUCAAAUGAAUGAACUUGAGGAUCUGAACAAGAGGUUUUAUAGGUACAUUCGGUUAUGUCUGGUUAAGUUCAGCAAUACAUUUCAUACAAAAAAUAUAAAUUUAAUUUUGUUUUUAAUCUUAAAAGUACAAGAUUGAUUCCAUAUUAUUUAUUUGUCAAAAAGCAGUUCUGUAAAUGAAAACGAUAAAGGAUUGCAGGAAUUCCUGAGAUUCGCACCGCUCGCCGUUAGCAGAGCGUUAAUUCCUCUCCUCACACCCCGGAACUUAAAUGAGUCUAUGCGGUUUCAGAGGAUUUCCUUCCGCGAACGCUCUAGCUGUGGAAUGAACUCCUGGCAAGAUCAGGUUUCAAUUACCGAGUUGACUAUAUAUAUUUAGUUUAAUCUUUGUUCAUAGUUCGCAUUAUUUUUUGGCAGCACUUGAAACAGAAGCCACAAAGCUUUCAUUUAGCCAAUCGAUCGUAGUAAGUUGGCGUAGGUCCACGCCGGAUACGAACACAUGAGUUGCAGCCUGCAGGUAACAUGUCCGGCCCUUGUGGAACUUGACUACCGUUAGGUAUACUUUGCAUCGAUCGCAAGGGCAAGGGUAGUGACAGAUGAAUUGUUAAAGGUUUCUCACAUUUUGGCAAUGGUGCGCGGUAGGCGGGCGCGGCGGCGUAUUAGGGCGGCAAGUGAGAGGCGAGAGGUCGAUAAGCAGUGUGGUGCGCUUAGUCGAGGAGGACGGUCGCGCGAGCUCAGGCCCUCCUCGCGCAACACGCGCCUUUCGCGCCUACAGGAAACCACUCGCUGGCGAUCGACACCCGCUUGCGAGAGCCGCUAGUCCUCGACAACCCGCACUAACGACGACGUGGUGGCAACGUCGAUGUAGGUCACAGGGGCACCACAGCCUCCCCUCGCCGGCACAAUGCAGAGCGCCAUGAAACGACUACGCGAGGUGGAUUGGGGGAGCAUGAGGCGCGACGGCCACAACAUCUUUACCAAGCUCAUCCGCACCAGGGACCCGCGCGACUCCGAGACCACGCAGGACAUUGCUGUGCCCGGCAAGCAGAAGCUUUCGCGAUGCCUGACGACGAUGGACCUGGUGUCGCUGGGUGUGGGCUCCUGCGUGGGCACGGGCAUGUUCCUGGUGUCGGGGCUAGUGGCCCGCAAGUUUGCGGGGCCCGGUGUCGUCUUCAGCUUCAUCAUCGCCGCGCUGGCCAGCAUCUUCUCAGGUGCGUGUUACGCGGAGUUCGGCGUGCGCGUGCCGAACACCACCGGCUCCGCGUACACAUACUCCUACGUCACCGUCGGCGAGUUCAUCGCCUUCGUCAUCGGCUGGAACAUGGUCCUAGAAUACCUGAUCGGAACGAGUGCGUGCGCUCGCGCGCUGAGCGCCUGCUUCGACUCGUUGUGCGACGGUGCCAUUACCAAACACUUGGCAGGGAUAUUCGGAACAGUUUUUGGAAAACCGCCGGAUUUCAUCGCGUUCGGGAUAUCGCUGUUGAUGACCGUAGUGCUGGUGGCGGGCGUGAAGAAGUCGCUCUUCUUCAACAACCUGUUGAACGCCGUCAACCUGUGUGUGUGGGUGUUCAUGAUGACGGCCGGCCUCUUCUACGUCGACACCAGCAACUGGACCGAGCAUGAUGGCUUCUUGCCUUACGGCUGGAGUGGGGUAUUCAGCGGCGCCGCCACCUGUUUCUACGCGUUCAUCGGGUUCGACAUCAUCGCGACCACGGGCGAGGAGGCGAACAACCCGAAGCGCUCCAUCCCGCUCGCCAUCGUGCUCAGCCUCGGCAUCAUCCUGGUCGCCUACGUCAGCAGCUCCAUGAUGCUUACUUUGAUAGUGCCAUACGAUGAGGUGGACACGGACAGCGCGCUGGUGCAGAUGUUCGCGCACGUGCGCGCGCCCACGUGCAAGUACAUCGUGGCCGUCGGCGCGCUGGCCGGCCUCACCGUCUCCAUGUUCGGUUCCAUGUUCCCCAUGCCGCGCGUCGUCUACGCGAUGGCCCACGACGGACUCAUCUUCAAAAAGCUGGCCAACAUCUCGGAAGCGACGGGUACGCCGGCUCUGGCCACGGUGUGCGGCGGCGCGGCAGCCGCAAUCGUCGCGCUGCUCACGCAGCUGGAGGUCCUCGUCGAGAUGAUGAGCAUCGGUACGCUGCUGGCCUACACGCUGGUGUCGAGCUGCGUGCUGGUGCUGCGCUACCAGCCGCACUAUACCAACCUCAUCGAGUUGCUGCCGCAGAGCCUGCGCACGCCCGUCGACCCUGAAGGCACCGCUGCAGCCCAAAGGGAAACCACUUUCGCUGUAAGUAUAUGUAUCGAAAGGAGAGCGCGAAUCAUGGUCCGCCGCGUGACCCGCAGCUCCCCGGAUUCCGAUGACACGAUGCCAGGUGACGACAGCGAGGAGUUCGGCAGAGAUGACACGUUUCUCAUGAACUCGCACACGGAGAACAAAUUCUAUGGAGCCGUGCCCGGCGGCACGGCAAGUAGCCCGGGCCGCUUCCGCCGCUUCAUGGACGCAGUGUCGCGGCAGCUGCUGGCGCGCUCCUACCUCUGCCCCGGCGUCUUCCCCUGGGUGGACGCUGGGCCCGCCACUGACCAUACUGGUAUGUUCGUAAUCAAAGCAGUGGGGGUGAUGUACCUGCUGAUCCUGGUGUUCGACAUGCUGGCGGCCUACGGCAGCCCGGGCACGUCUACUUUCACUGCGCUCCUCAUGGUCGCUCUAAUACUAGCUAUCUUUGUCAUCCUCCUACUUAUUUCUAGGAAACCGCAAAAUCGCGCACAACUGGUGUAUUCGACGCCGGCGCUGCCGUUCGUACCAGCGACCGCCAUCAUCGUCAACAUCUAUCUCAUCCUCAACCUGUCCAUCCUUACCCUCGUCCGCUUUACAGUGUGGAUGAUCAUAGGACUGGUGGUGUACUUUAAGUAUGGCAUCAAAAAUUCCUUGUUAGAGUCGAAAACGGAGGAGCCGGCGGUGUCGCCGCCGACGCCGAGCCCGCUGGACCGCACCACGCUGCCGCCGCCUGCGCCUCACCAGCCGCGCCCGCUCGGCGACCGCAACAUAUUCGAGGGUGAUGGCAAUAGCGGACUCUACGGCAAUCUCGAUUUCCCGGAUCCGCUGCUAGCGUGGCACACGGCCGACCUGGAGCCGGCGCCGCCCGCGGGCUCUAUCCGCCCCGCCGGCACCUACAAACAAGUCGAAUCUCGGUACAACGCGAAGACCAACAGCACCUCCUCGCACACAUCCACGCGGGUGCCGUGGGCCUACACAGAGCCCGACUUCGACGCCUGGGAAAACUAGAAAUGUUAAUCACAUCACACUCAAUGCAAACCCGAAUUUCUGAACCUACCGCCAUUCUAUUCUAGUCUUCUUAUCAUUACUUGAUAACACCGGUCAUAACAAAUCAACGGAUCUUUUUUUACACAGGUAAAGGAGAUGUACUGAUGUUCGACACUUUUACGAAGCAUUUACGAAGAGCACGAAUCAGUGCAAAUUAUUACGGGAGCACCUAAUGUGUGGCGAUCCCAAGUCUUAAAUGCGUUAACUGUUAGCUGAGGGCAUCUGUGGGGAAAAAUAAUUAGCUGGGGUUACGUUAGGCAGACUGUCAAUCUGUUGCCGCUCAGCCACGAUUACAGUUGCAUAUACUGUGAUUUUGACGUAGCUUGAACUAACGCGUGUGCUGACUAAGUAUAUCAUUUGUGAUCGCAAAUUAAGGACAAAACUUCUCGCUUGUGCUAUAUAGGCUCCAAACGCGUAACGCUCCGAAUAUAUUUAUCAAAGACCUUGCAGUCGCUCGUAAAAAAAAAUGAUUCACUUGCCAGCACAGAGAUUUAUCAUUUUCCAUAAUUGCUACAGUCUAGGCAUAAGUGUCAAGAUGACUAUAAUAAAGCAUAGU